AUGCAAAGGCUGCAGUGUUUGGUGGAGGAAGAGGAGCUUUCUCUGGCAGCAGGCAUUGCCGCGAAGGCUUUUGCUGAAAGUCCGUUUUAUCGCUACAUUUUUCCAGAUCCCCCGGGCCGCAUCGCUGCUUUGACAUGGAUGUUCUUGCGAAAUUAUCGCAUCCGCACAGGCCGUGGUCAUGGCACAUUCAAGGGUGCUUAUUCGGCGGACGGCCAAUUGCUCUGCUGUUUCUGGCUAUUUGCAGAAGACGUUCCUGGCAUUGGUCUUUGGGAUAUGCUUCGCCACGGGCUUUUGGAAAUGCCGCUGAGAUUUGGCAUGACUUCCAUGCGCCGCAUGCUCGCUGUCGCGAAGUGGACAGAUCAAGCUUUGGACGGGUUGAAGCACGAACAUCCGAAGCACGUUUUGCUGGAACGCAUGGUGGUGCUGCCGGAUUACCAAGGCAGCGGAGUGGGUACUGCCGCACUGACUGCAGCAUUGAACGAAGCAGACUCAUCCGGCCGGGCGGUGAUUUUGACCACGCAGCUCGAGCGGAAUGUUACUUUUUACAGCCGCCUCGGCUUCUGCGUCGUCAAGGAGGAAACCUUUGAGCCUCAUGAUGGAGAGAGCAUCCGCAGCUGGUUCAUGGUGGUUGUGCAAGUCAAACUGUUGUCCCACGCACAUCUGCGAGUGCUCAAAAGCCUUCGUUUCACUGGGGCUGCCUUUGUGGGACGACAUCUCACCCCACUUCCAAUCACGUCUGCAGGCAGCUCUUUGGAGGAGGCCAAGGCACGGGCUGCCUCCCGGCUGCACAGACUGCACAAGAUUGCAACGGCCAGUCGCACCGCCAACCGUGCGGCCGCAGAGGCAGAAGGUGCGCGAGCUGCAGGGCAGCUGGCGUCUCGAGCCAAAGGACCACUGCCGCAGAGCGCGGCAGAUCUGCAGACAGAAACCACAGGUCACUUGCUGGCCACUCUGCAGAUGAAGCUCAAGGAGUUAGAUGAUGAGGUGAAGGACGACGAGAGAGGUGCCGAGGAGUUGCGCCGACAUCUGAAGCGAUUGCAGCAGGAGCAUGCCGAAAUCAAGAAGGCCAGAGACCGGGCGGCGGCGCUGGUCGAAGGCUACGAGGCCGGCUCCAUGACCUUUGACAAGGAGUACAGCAAGCUGAUGGACAGCUCGGAUGAAACGUACAAAAUGGUGCGGACCAAGCACAAGGAGGCCAUUGGCAUUCUGGAAAAGGAUGACACGUUUGCGUACCACCCUGCCUACAAGAGGCCGACCGACAAGUUUGAAGCAGCGUAUUUCACCCCGACGCCUCUCAAGAAGGCCGAGGAGAAGAAGACCCCUGCGCAGAUCAAGCUGGAGCGGAUGCGCAAGCAAGGAACACUCUCGCAGGUUGGCUCUAAUGCCGUGGGCGCAGCGUCCUCCAGUGGCUGA